ACUUAUCACAUCACCUGUCUCACCCACAGCAAGAACAGAAGGGCAGCAGAUACAGCAGGAAAGUAAGGAGCAGUAUGAGCAACAGUAGCAUCAGGAGCAGCAGGAACAUCAGGAGCAGCAUGAGCAGCAGCAGGUACACAGGAACAUCACAAGCACCAGGGAAAGCAGGAGAAAUAGAUACAGCGGGAACAUCAGGAGCAGCAGGAAAAGCAGGAGCAGCAGAUACAGCAGGAACAUCAGGAGCAGCAAGUGAGUGCACACCACCUACUUACCUUCCCCAUACUGAUCCCAUCCCACAACAGGAAAAUCAGGAGCAGCAGGAGCGAACAGCAGGGGCAGCACGUGCAACAGGAACAUCAGGAGCAACAGGAACUUCAGGAGCAGCAGAAGCAACAGGUGAGUGCACAUCACCUCCCUACACUUUCCAUACUUAUCCCAUUCUUUGUCUCACCAAAACAAGGUACAGCAUGAGCAUCAGGAGGAGCAGGAACAGCAGAAGCAAUAGAUACAUCAAGAAUAUCAGGAGCAGCAGGAGCAGCAGGUGAGUACACAGUACCUUAACCUUCCCAUACUUAUCCCAUCCCUUGUCUUACCCACAGUAGGAAAUGUAGGAACAUUAGGAGCAGCAGGAACAUCACGAGCAGCAUGAACAUCAGGAGCAACAGGAACAUCAGGAUCAGUAGGAGCAGCAGGUGAGUGCACAACAACUCCCUAACCUUUCCAUACUUAUCCAAUCCCUUAUCUCCCUCAGCAGAUACAGUAGGGGCAGCAGCAACAUAAGGAGCAGCACGAACAUCAGGAACAGCAGGAGCAGUAGGAAUAUAAGAAGCAACAAGAACAGCAGGAGCAGCAGGUGAGUGCACUGCACCUCCCUUCCAUUCCCAUGCUUAUCCCAUCCCUUGUCUCUCCCACAGCAGGUACAUCAGGAGCAGCAGGAACAUCACGAGCAGCAGGAACAGCAGGUGCAGCAGGUAAAACAGGAGAAGCAGGUGAGCACACAACACUUCCCUACAAUUCCCAUAAUCAUCCCAUUCCUUGUCUCACCCACAACAGGAGGAGGAGCAGCAGGAGCAGCAGUUUCAGGAGCAUCAGGUGAGCGUGCCCUACCCUCUCCAUACUUAUCCCAUCCCUUGUCUCACCCACUGAACGUACAGCAGCAGUUGAGGGCGUCACAUAACCCUGAUUUCCCUACUCCAUACCUCAUCUCUUGUCGCAACAAGAGCAUCGUAAAUAAGAACAGCAGGAACAGCAGGAAGAGCAAGAGCACUAGGUGAGAGCUAAACACCUCCCUGCCUUCCCCACCACUAUUCCAUCCCUUGUCUCAGCAGGAGCAUCAUAACCAAGAGCAGCAGGUACAGCAGCAGCAGUAGGAACACCAAGAUCAGCAGGUACUGCAGGAGCACACAUCAGGAGUAGCAGAAACAGCAGGUACGAGAGGAGGUACAGCAGCAGCAGCAGCAGCACCACCACAAAUAG